GCAAGAAUAAGGGCGCUUCUACAAUGCGUAUUGUUAAACCCGUGGUGAGAUAUGGUAGAGCCGAGAGAGUCGUCGUCUCACUAAACUCAGGCGUCGGUCGAGCUGUUUUCAAUACGGCUAUGCAGGCGAAAACUCCAACAUUCCCCAGAAAUCAGAUCACUAGUCUACAGCUCUCGGACAGAGCAACAGGACUCGAGACACAUAUUCCCGUCUCGCUUGGUGUGAUUCCUUUAAUCAAAACUUAUCAGGAUUGACUUUCCCUAACUGGUUAUUCAACCGGACAUAAUAACUCUAUUUACAUAAAUAGCUUUCUCGUCUCGGGAUAAUAGCUGAACUUGUAUUUCGCCGUUGUGCACUUUUGUUUCGUUGGAAUUUCUUGCAAAGCUAAUCUCGUCCACCAGGGACUGACACACGGACCUUCUGCUUCUCCGUGUAACUGACAGUUGUGAGUGUCAGUCACGGAAUGGACAAUACGACGGUGAACUCUUGUACAGAAUGAAAAAAAGUUUGCUUCGUAGUAAAGUUCGCUGGCGUCUUUAUUGAAAUAAAAUAGCGAAAGUUUGGGUCUUGCUUGAGAAACCCGAAGCGCUUCUUCUGGGAUCCAACUCCAGAGCCUCCGACUUAGCAUUAUUAGGUGAAUGCCUACAUACGUACGUAGGUUCAAAAACACACGCUUCUCGUGAAGUUGGAGGUGCAGGACACACGCGGAUAUUGCACACUUAUAGUUGAAUGAAAUAACAUCGCUUUGUGUAUUCGAGUGUCAGAACUUGUCGAGUCAAGAGGGUAGCGGAGUACUUUAAAAAGUUGUGCGACCCGCACAAUGGACAAGCAGACUAUUAGCUGCUAAAAGGUUGUGCUGAGUGAAAUGGGUGCUGUUUAUGGUAUCUCUGGCAUGAUGAUAAAAUCAUACCGAGCAAGUUAACAGGGCAAUUCUCUCAAUAUUUGGCACGUUUUCCCCACUUUCACUUGAUUUAACGCCAAACUUUGCGAAACGAGAAAUACAAUCAACACGCCCGACAGGGAGAAAAAUAAGAAAAGAAUGAUGUUAUUUCUCAUGGUUGAAUGUGCAUUAAACAUCUAAGACAGAAAUACAUUUGGACCAGGCACGGUUCAAGGUGGACGUGUAAUAGAUGCCCGAGAAUGAUAUACGUACGGACAGAAAAUAUACUCAUUUCGAGUUGUGAAUAGAACUACAUUCUUCUUGCAUCAACGCUGCCCUCCGAAUCAUCGCCAACUUGUGAAUGGAAUUCCGUGAAAGAAUUAUUUCGCGAGAAAAAUAAUUGUGGUUGGCGUUUUUGGUCCAUCAUCAGACGUUUGGGAUCAAGAUUCUCGUCUAAAGCGGAAAUUAAGGAAGUUGCUGUGCACACUUACAACUUCCAGACCCGCUGGAUUUGUUUUAUGUUUGUAUAAAAGGAGCUGUGGUUCAAGGAAGGAAGAACUUCUCGUUAACACCGUCUUGUUCAUUCACAUCAUCGCGGAGGAGAGAAAGUCAAAGUGAGACGAAACUUUUCUCCGGCUUCCUUCUCGCUAUCUCAGCCCGAGAGAUUCGCCUCCCCAAAUCGGGCAAGUGGUGAUGUUUUGUUAGGGAGCUGAAAUCGUGAGCUAUUGACUCUUCGCUCUCUGUACAUUUUGCAACUCGUGAACUGAAACAAGCCCGUUUGCUUCAAACUAUAUAUUUCUGAAUACCAUCCGGUUUUGACUUUCAAAGUAAUUUAUUGUUCCGCCACCGUGCACUUGCGAGCUUGGUGGUGACGUGCGACGACAAACUCUGAUUUUCUUUUUCAUAAACCUCUUCCCUGACGUGCAUUGAAUAACAUUCGUCUCAAUUUAUCACUGCAAGUAUCCGUGUGCAGCCCAAAAUAAAGUGUUGAGCCGAAACUCGGGUGGAAAGUGUGGACCACUGCUACACAGCCGAAAUAAAUUGGUAUUCAUCGGGACACGAGGGCUCAAUUUCUGUUGGCUACACGAUGACGAGAAUUAUAAAUGAAGCCAUUGCCAGUGCAUUGGAAGCUACCAACUCGUCCCUUGCGACAUCCACGGAACUCAUUGAGACGAUGGUGGAGCACGGGAUGGAAGAAGGCUUCGACAACAACGCCACCAUCUUCAACGACCUCACGGAAUACAUUUUUGAUCGAACGGAUGUAAGGGCCAUAUUUCUCACGCUCUACACCAUCGUAUUCUGCUCCUGUUUCUUUGGAAACUUGAUGGUGAUGCUUGUCGUAUGUCUGCACUGGAGGAUGCGCUCCAUUACGAACUUCUGUUUGGCUAACCUCGCGUUUGCUGAUUUUUGCGUUGGGGUUUUCUGCGUUUACCAAAACAUCAUCUCCUACAUGAUGGAAAGCUGGAUUUUUGGCUCAUUUAUGUGCAAGAUGUAUCAUUUCAUCAGCAGUCUGAGUACAACAGCAUCGAUUCUCAUCCUUGUGGUCAUCUGUAUUGAACGCUAUUUGGCCAUCAUUCAUCCGAUGCGUUGUAAACAAAUGCUGACUCUAAAUCGAUUGCGGUUGACAAUCGUGGCAGUCUGGGUGAUAAGCGGUCUCAUCAGCAGCCCCAGAUUUUACUACUUUAAUACCGUGUCGAUGCCCUAUCCGGAUGGCAAAGUGGAAGUGUUGUGUGUGCCCAACAGGCUCAUGUAUGAUUCAAAGUUGGUGGAUAUGGUCAGCAUGACGCUUCUCUUUCUCUUGCCGCUAAUGGUAAUCUCCAUCCUCUACUUUCGCAUUGGAGUUGCACUUUGGAAAAGCAGUAAUGCGAACAUGCCGUCAGCAUCGACUUCCGCAGAGAGCAGUUCCAGCAGUUGUCGUUGUGACAGUACUGCUGGCAUAAAUGCCAACUCAUCCACUCCAUCUCCUGCAUCGUAUGGGCGAGGGGAAAGAAAACGGUCCAUUGUGCAGCAACUCAACCACUGUCUCCCUUGCGUCAAGGGUCCGAGUCGAAAGCGGCAUCGACGAAGCAGUGGGAGUUUCUAUGGCUCUGAUCGCGCUGGAUAUGCUGGAUACACUGGAGUCAAUCUCACCACGAUUAAUGGAUUGGGUGGAGGUGCUGGAGGAAACAUCCCAGCGAACCAGCAAGUCAACCCGAGAAAUCUCAACGGACUGGUCAUUUCGUGUAAUGGAGGCUCCUCCUUAACACCAAUUAUUAAGUCAACUUCUCAAACUCAGAACACCUCGUCCACCACCCCACAAAGUCCCUCCAACAUCCUUCACAACCAUCACCACACAAACCAAGUCCCACACGCCCAAGCAUGUUGCAGUAGUUGUGCGAGCGUGAUUUCCUCCCGUGGCGGUGGUGGGACGGAAAGCGUUCCAGUCUCCCCGUAUCUGAAACGAGACUCGACUCCACUCUCUUCCCCUCCGCCUCCUCCCACCUCAAUUAACACGGAGCCCCUUGUUCUAGUCAAGUUCGAGAAGAAAAGCUCUCUCAGGAAGUGCCGACGCAACCAGUGCACAAUACUAAUGAGAUCCACCAUGUCCGCAAGCACUCCUCCCUCGAGUGACGACAUCACCGGUGGUUGCAAAAAUUGCAGCAAUGGUCGAAUGAGCAACUCUUCCGUUACCAUAAGUGGAGCGAUUCAUGAGCAUGGCGGAAGCAACUCCUGCUCGUACGGAGGCCCAACUAAGCCCACGGCAACGAUGGUCAGUAGCUGCCAAAUCUGCGAAAAAUGCGAGGCUGCCGCCCUUUCAGCUAAUGGACGGGCUCAGCAAGAUCUCUUUACUAAACUGGAUGGAUGUGACAAGAAUGUAGAUUCCCAUCUGGUGUCGAAAGAUAGCAUCCAAGGACCUCAUCAAAGUCUCAUCCAUUUCGGUACAUGCCAUCACUGCGGAGUUUCAUGUCAAACUAAUCCCCCCAUCAUGAGCUGCGGAGCUCCUGAUAUUCAAUGUUCCAGCCUCAAAGGGUUGCAUUCCUCGAAUCCUGCGACGACCAAGGGUCCAAAAAGAAUGCGUGUUGUACGCAGUUCAAAGUAUGGAACGAGAGCUCUCCAGUGUCGACGAAGGAUCAUCAAAAUGUUGAUUGUUAUUGUGGUGGCAUUUGCGCUGUGUCAUUUUCCCAUACAUUUUCGAAAAUGUUGGCAGUAUUGGGGGAAAGGGUAUGAGGCAGGAAGUGUUUUCAGCUCGCUCUUCACCCCAAUUACUUUUCUCAUCAUGUACGCCCAGUCGGGUAUCAACUGUCUGCUCUACUCCUUCAUGAGCCGCAAAUUCAGAAACAGUUUUGCAGAUUUGCUCUGCUGCAACAUGCGAAGAUCUUUAAAAAUCUCUCGCAAUUUGUCUGUCCGAUCUACGAAUGCUAUCCAACUGAGCCAGGCUGCAUGACCCAUGAGAAUGCGACUGCCAAAGGUGAACUCAUUCCGGCAUAAAGAAGUGUCAUUGUAUCCAGCCGUUCCUGUCAUACAAACCGUAUUGUAAACUCUCACACGCUGGACCACGUCAAAAGUAGCACAGUUAUUUAGUUUAAUGGAAACCUAUUCGUGGUAAUGCAGGGUUAAUUGCGGGGCCUACGACUAUCUUUACGCAUACAUAGAUACAUACUCUCUUGAUGUCUUGAUUGCUUCAUAGGCGACUAUUAUGCAUCCUGCUCAACUCAUUGUUUGCAUUUGGUUACGUGCAGGAUGCCGGCUUUUGACUCUCUUUUGACUAUUAGACUCCUAUACAUCCAUGAUUAGACUUUAGACUGUUGCUCGAAAAAUGAUAUGCAUUCUUUCAUACAGCUAAACAUUCACCGUUGGCAGUCGCAUUCUACAUUCAGUAUUAGCAGUGGCUAAAUGUAUUUAUUUAGCAGUGUAAAUAUUAUGACUACUAAAAUAACCGUUGAUGUGAUAUUUUGUUGACAAGAUUAAGCAAGAUUUGGUAUUAUAAUAUUAUUAAAGACCUUCAUAUUGAAACUCGUGUGGCAGGAUGAUCGAGCAAAACAUAGAAUAAAAAUAGUCAAAUAGCAUUAGAUGCAUAUGUAGAAUUGCGGCACAUUGUGUCGUUUAAUUUCCGAUGAAGAUCGAUUUCCUGUAAAAAUUCAAAGUGAAUAUUUUCAACUCUUUAAACAUUUCUUAUACUCAAACGACUAACGUUGGUGCUAACAGAAGGAUUGCUUGUGAAAUGUGACAAUUUUUCGAUAAUCUCUUUGUAUGUGGUAAUUUAGUAUUGCAUUCCAGCUAUUUAACAAGUAAAAUGAUGUAUUUACAUAUAAAGAAGUCACUCAAAGUAUUAACAAGGUACCCAAAAAUAUCGUUCUGGAAGGGCCUGAUCUGAAAACUCACUUUCGUUUUAAAUGUGUAGUUAAUUAUAACCAUACUGACCGUAGUUGUGUGUUAAUCAUGUACGUGUAUUUAUUUAGCUGUCUACAAACUCGUCAAUUAGAUUAUAAGAAAUUAUAUCUCUGUCGAAAGAGCUGGCAUAACAUGCAGAGUUAAUGGAUACAAUUCUCAUGAAUGGUUGAAUUAGGAUUUUAUUCUAUAAAUAUGUAUGUAUAAUGUUAAAUGAUGCCUAUUUGAAUGUUGGAUAUAUACGUAACACUGUGCAAAAUAUAUGUAAUUUUGGUUUCUUUACAUAUUUACUAGCUAUUCGAUAUAGGCAUUAUCAACAUAAUAUUAAUGGAUCUAUAUUAAUGAAAUUCGAAAUGCGUAUAUGAAUUGUCAUGUAUUCUGUGUAAAAAAACGUAGUUUCAAUACUCGAAACUUACUCGUCAUGCUUAUAUACAUAUUUAUUUAUAUGUUAGACUUAAAAUAUGCAUGUGUAGAAACAGAUAUGCGUAAAAUGAGACUAUGUGGAUCCUUAUCCAUGGUUGAAUAUUAAUUCAUGUAUUUAAUAUAUGUGUACUUGAGACUUAACCAGUACUUACUUAUUAUGUGAUUGCAACUUAAAUGUAUAUAGUAAAUAGAUUGCGUAUCUCCUGCCCAUAUCUCAAUUCAUUGAUCUCUUGUCAAAGUACCUUUGUUUUGGAGCUUUCGAAAUAAAAUAAGUGAAAAAUGAAAUUUUAGAAAUUACCAGUGAAAUCAAAAGAUUCUAUUCGAUUCUACCGGUUGGAGGGAAAUGUUUGAUUUUUAAUCAUGUCACGAAAUAAAUGGUAUCAGAUUUAGUCAACUCUUUGUUGUUGCUGUGUAUUGGACACGUUGAAUGGAUUUAUAUUUGUAAUCUGUAACAAAUCGAUGUGUAGAGUAAUAAAUGUGUUUACUCAAAACUCAAUAAAAAGAACAUUGACCUAUCAAGGCUUUAAA